GAAAAAAAUCUUGCUCAAAUUCGGAAAUCUCUAUAUUUUAUUUUUUUAACAGUAUUAUUACUACUUAGUAUUGGAUAUCAAAUGUUUAAAGGAGAAUAUAACUUGAAGAAUAAGAAUGCGUGGGUACCUCCACAGCAUAAGAGUAGAGUAAGUGCGAUAUCAAAGCCAAGGGCCACCGAAAAGGACAAAGUAAUUAAUUCCAAUGAAGUAUCUAGGGUUAAUAAGAUACUCCUAGUUUCCUACAUGCGUAGUGGGUCGACAUUUACAUCAGAUUUAAUUGGUCAAAGUGAAGGAGGUGUGUUCCUAAUUUUCGAACCAUUUUGGAAUAUAUGUCACGGCAUGCAAAAUAACGCCAUAUAUUAUACUUGGGAUGCAAUAUGCAGAAAUUCAGAAGAUGAGAUCAUGAACAUGAAAAAAAUUGCAGAUGUAUUACAAAACCUGUUUAUGUGUAAUUUUUCUCAUCUAACGGUUGAGAUUUCAGAAUCAUUUUGGUUCUUUGCCCAAGGCACUGGAUAUGACAUUUUAAAUGAGUGUUACCAGUCCUACAAAAACCGUCAAGUAAAUGCCUCUAAAGACUUCAAUUCAUCAACAAAGGGAAAAUGUAUAAAAAAUCUUGAAGCGAUUUGUAAAAAUUCAUCGACUAUUCUCAUCAAAACAAUACGAAUGUCAUGUGAUAAACUUUCUAAAAUUAUUACUAAUAUUCCAGAACUUAAGGUUGUUCAUUUAGUAAGAGACCCAAGGGCAAUUCUACAUUCUCGCCAAAAGGCCGAGCAAAUAGACUAUCGGCAUGUAAGAAAUGAGUCACAGAGUUUAUGUUUUAAGAUGGACAAUAACAUUAACAUUGAAAACCGAGUGUUGAAAGAGAAAAUCAUUUUGCUAAAAUAUGAAUGUCUUGCUUCUAAUCCCGUUAUAAUGGCUAAAAAAUUAUAUUUGUUCUUAAAUCUAAGGUAUACCAGUAAAAUUGACAGUUGGCUUAUAACUCAUACUCAAGGAAAAGUCAGCUCAUCCAAUGGUGGAUUUACAACUCGCAUAGCAAAUUCCCUUUUAGUGUCAUUGAAAUGGAUUUAUAAUGUUCCAAAAGAUGCAUUAAAACUUAUUGACAAAGAAUGUAAAAAUCUAUACAAAAGCCUACGAUUUUCUGAUUCACAAACGAUUCUGCAGGAACACACUUAUUUAAACAAGUUUAAUAUGACAAAAGUGUAUGAUAAUAUGUGUAAUGGAUAACAUAUGGACAACAUGAUAUGCAGAGGAAUGAACAAAGUUGCAAAAUGUCGGUC